AGUCAGGCGCCAGUGGAACUGGACUGGGAGGAGUGAGAUAGUGGUUAGCCUUCCAACAUUAGCGGUGGGAGUUCUCCUCCUGGGCUCAUUUGGGGUGGACACUGUGCGCGUUCAGUUCCUGGAUAUCAAGCGCCAAAGCGGGAUGUUUAAGCAAACCGUUUAAAUCAAGUCUGUGUGGAAACCUAAUGUUGGUCCGAUCUUCAUACCAGCGUGUGGGACUUGUGUUGCGGUCCUUUGCAGCAAAGGGAGCAUAAUUUCAGUAAGAUAUAGCUAGGAUUUGCUGAUACGUCUUCAAAGAGAUUUCGUAGUUGUUGUUUUUUUUCAGAUUUCCCUCCGAUUAGCGUAAAUGAGACAUGGCAGUGAUUAUUUUGAUAACUCUUGUUUCUAGAAGUGCUACAUUGUAAUUCGGUUCGCUUUGGCUCCUUCAACAUCAAGAGAAGUGACGUUCUGUGCUCUUUGUUGAUCAAAACUAAUAGAUGUUUGCUUGUUUCUUGUGAUUGUGUUGUAAAGACCAUUGUAGAAGUAGUUUCAGUUGCUUUGUCCUUGUAUUUUGUCCAGCCGUUGCAGGGCUGCAUAUCUUCAUUCAGUGUGUGUGUGUGUGUGUGUGUGUGUGUGUGUGUGUUAGGUUAUUCACAGUGUUGCUAUGCAGACAGACUGGAGCCACGCUUAGACAGCUUUACUGUAACCUCAAUCUGAAGGAAGGCCUGGGUUGCUCGCACUUAAAGAAACCUUUGGAGCAGCAGAAAACCUCUGCACUUUCCAGUCCAAGUGGUAUAGAAUAGCAGAUGUUACACAGCUUGGAACACUAGUGUUGAGUUUUCAGGGCGCUCUUGUGCAGACAGAGUGGAGCCACAUAAAACCUGGUGGUAACAGCCAUGACUGAGCACAUCCUGUUAUGCAGCUUAACAGAAUGUGAGACAGUUUUUGAAUUUUCUGGUUGUAGUUUGCUUAGUGUUGUGUAUAAUUUAUUUUAAUAUAGCACAUACCAGCAUUGCCAACAGGCUUUCUUCCAGUAAGGAAGCACAUGAUUGCAUGACAGAAAUGUGUAUAGUGCUGAUACCAACCCUUCUAUGGUGAGCGAACGUCUAUAGAAUAUAUAUGUCUCGUACAGUUUAAUUAUCUGUUGUUGUGAUUUCCAUUUGCAGUUUUCUUGUUUGACUUGUUUAAGUGGAUUUGUGUCUUAAAGUAGCUUUGCUUUACGUUUUUAACUUUUCCGAUUGUUGCAAAAUGAAAAAAAAUUUUCCACUGAAUAAUUACUGGAACAGCACAAACAACAAAGAGUCAGCCAUGAUCGCUGUCCCAGGAACGAACAAGAAGUUCAAGAGAAAGUCCCGCGAGCCUAAAAGAGUUUUCACUAGUCUUGAAAGUGAAACAUUCCCUGUGGAUAUUUCAGAAGUAGACUGUGUAGAUGACAAUCAAAUGGCUAACUUCAACAAGUUGGCUCCUCUCCAGAGACCACUGAUGAUUUCACAAGACAUUAUGGACAAUAGCAUGGGCAUUCUUUCAGCAAGUCAAGAAGACAGUACAUCACCAGGUCAGAGUGGUGCUAUAGAUAUGAGAGUUGGUAUUAACAUGCAAUCUCCCAAAGUGUCCCAGUCACCUGCCUCUCCCUUGGCCUAUAAUGAAAUCUCCCACUGGCCAAUUUCCAUCUCUCAGCCCUUGACCAACAGACUCAAAUUGGGUCUACACUCCACUUUACCUCUGUCAGAACCAGCUAGUGGCACUACUUCUCCUGGCCAUCAGGCAUUCUGUUGGGAGACCUCACUGCCUGGCCAGUCUGCAGCUAUGUCUAUAUCCAGAGCCCCCCACUGCCUCGACCAUGUGAAAACUCAAGAACAGAAGGAGUUUCCAAGGAAAGAGGUCGGAGUUGAUGCUGAUACGCGGGCACAUCUUCCAGAGGUCAAAGCUAUCCAGCAAACUAGAAGGCUUCUGGCCAAUGCCAGGGAGAGAACCCGUGUCCACACCAUCAGUGCUGCAUUUGAGGCACUAAGAAAGCAGGUGCCAUGUUACUCCUAUGGACAGAAACUUUCCAAGCUGGCUAUAUUGCGUAUUGCCUGCAACUACAUUCUUUCUUUGGCUCACUUGGCCGAGCUUGACUACAGUUCAGAUCACAGCAGUGUGAGCUUCUCUCAGUGUGUGGAACAGUGUACCAAGACCCUACAGGCUGAGGGCAGGAGCAAAAAAAGGAAGCUGCAACAAACGGAUCCAGUCUUCGGGAAAUCGCAGAGGGUCUGGUCGACUAAACGCUGCACCAACGGGGUUUCCCACCCACUGCAGCUCCCCGGAGAGAGCAGCCGGUCAGCGGGUCUCUGCCGCUCCCGAAAAGUCAGAAUACAGAUUCAAAAUCGGCUCAUAACCUUGAUGAACUGACUGCAUAGAUGUCAGACAUUUGGAGGUGUAGUUUGUUGCCUUAAAAAUUACUUUUUGUGAUAGACCAAAUCGAUAGAUUUGUAAACUCAUCUCCCUACUCCAAGCAGCGGACAGUUAAAGCUUGCUGCACACAUCCCUGCCAAUUAUACAAAGCACCAGGGUUGUUUAAAAGUCCUAAUCUCAGACCAGGACAUUUUCCAGUGAACAUAAAGUCUGGGGAAACUGAAAUCCCCCAUACAGAAACGCACACUGGGCUAUUCAGGUGUAAUAGAAUAGGGCCCAUUCUAAAUUUGUCAGCUGUAAAGAAGGAGAUAAUCUCUCACUUCAUGGUUUUAGUCUGAGUCUGUGAAGAAAUCAAAUUUAUUGUAUGGGGGUGGUGGCCUAGUGAUUAGAGCAAACGCACUUGGACUCUGAGAAGGUUGCAAGUACCCAGUUCAAUCCCCGCAAGACCCUUAGUCCCAGAUUGCUCCCCGGGUGCUGUGAUAGCUGCCCUCUGCUCCCUAAGGGAUGGUUUAAAUGUAGAAGACAAUUUUCUUUGGAAUGUACAAUUGCAAUGACAAAUAAAGAUUUCUUUUCUCCUCCAUUUAAUUUGGUACAAAUCACUUUGGUGACUCUCUACUGGAAAUGUCACAGUUAGUAAGGUUUAGAGGUGUACUGCUGUGAUAACUCCAUCCAGAAGAGAAGUUUAUUAUAGAUUUAUUGUCUGAUAAAUCUUAAAGGUGGUCAAAUUAUUUAGGAUGUCACCUAUACACAAAUUAAUUUACAAGUCUUUCAUGUGUGUUAUUUUAAAUGUAGUCAUUGACUUUUUUUGUUUUAGGAGUGAUGGAGAAAUACUCGGAGGAGUAAUGACAAGAUGAAGAACAAUGAAGAAGUGGAUGAAUACAAAAAAAGUUUGACUUAUGCAUUUGAUAAAUUGUUUUUUUGCACAAAAUGUUUUACACAGAUUUCAUCAGCCUAAGGUUUUUGAUUUGAUUAUGAGUGUAUGUUAAGAAAAACAGCAUACAAUGUUCACAAGGUAAAGUAUUAACGGAACCAGCCAGCUACUGUAUUGGUCAGGAUUAUUGCUACACUUGAAUUUAUAGUACAAAUUUUGAAUAUUGUAAGAAAUCAAUUUCUACCUUUUUUCAAAUAGAAAAUUUAAAUAAGAACAAAAAAUGGUAGAAAAAAUUGACCACACAAUAACGAACAUGAAUAAAUUGCAUACAAUACACAAGUGUUUGCAUGGGCUGCACAGUGCACAAUGGGUAGCGCUGUUGCCUUGCAGCAAGAAGGUCCUGGGUUCGAAUCCUACCCUGGGUCUUUCUGCAUGGAGUUUGCAUGUUCUCCCUGUGCAUGCGUGGGUUCUCUCUGGUUACUCCGGCUUACUCCCACCAUCCAAAAACAUGACUGUUUUGUUAAUUGGCCUCUCUAAAUUCUCCUUAGGUGUGAGUGUGUGUAAGAAUAGUUGUUUGUCCUGU